GUCGAAGUUAUGAACCAGAAAAAUAUGAAUUGAUUAAAGUUGAGAUUAAAAAGGAUGAUGAAUUGACCGACAUAAAUUUAUGGUGGAUCAUAUAUGGGAUGGAUAAUCCCUUUGGACUCGAUUAUUAUAGACUAUUUACAUUUGGAAAAUACAAUUUACCAUCAUCAUUUUCCAAUACUGGUGAUUUAUUAAUGAGUAUAAAAUUACUAUUACAGCUAAAG